AUGGUGCAAACAUUUACAACAGAUAUUGAGCGAUCAAUCGAGGGAUCAUCUGCAAAAGCCGUGAGCACAAAUGAGCUGUCAGGCGGUGCACGUAUCAAUCGGCUUUUCCACGAAAGAUUUCCGUUCGAGAUUGUGAAAAUGGAAAUUGACGAAAAGGAAAUGAGGCGCGAAAUACAAAUUGCAAUCCGGAACAUUCACGGUAUCCGUGUGGGCCUCUUCACUCCCGAUAUGGCAUUCGAAGCAAUCGUGAAGAAGCAGAUCGAACGCCUCAAGGAACCGUCACUGAAAUGUGUCGAUUUAGUGGUCAACGAACUAGCUGCAGUUAUACGGCAGUGCGCAGAAUGCGUUGCACGCUAUCCGAGUGCGGAAGCUAAAGCAUCGUCAACAUCGCAAAAGAAGAAUCUUGGCAAUCAGGUUAUCCGAAAGGGAUGGCUCUCAGUGCAUAAUAUUUCUUUUGUGCGUGGAUCCAGAGAUUGCUGGUUUGUGCUUACAUCGGACAGUUUAUCGUGGUAUAAAGACGACGAAGAAAAGGAAAAGAAGUACAUGUUACCACUGGAUGGAAUAAAGCUGCGUGAUCUGGAAGCUGGCUUCAUGUCCAAACAGCACAAAUUUGCACUCUUCUAUCCCGACGGAAAGAAUAUCUACAAAGACUAUAAGCAGCUGGAGCUAAGUGCCAGCAAUCUGGAUGAAGUGGACGCCUGGAAGGCAUCAUUCCUUCGCGCUGGCGUGUAUCCGGAAAAAGAAAAGCCCACUGAAGACGGCGAUGCUGCUAUGGCAGCUGAAGAAACUUCGCUUGACCCGCAAUUGGAACGACAAGUGGAAACGAUCCGUAAUUUGGUGGACUCGUAUAUGCGAAUUGUUACAAAAACUAUUCGGGAUCUUGUGCCCAAAGCAAUCAUGUUCCUCAUCGUUAAUAAAGUAAGUUAUGACAGAUUGCUGCGCAGCUUCCAAAGCUAUUUCAUGUUAUUUCCAUGUAUUUUAACGUACAGCAUUGAAGAAGCACCUGCUGUGAGGACUAAUCGCUGUAGGGGACGUUAG